CCGGUGGACUGACGAGCAGACGCGCAGUACACGCAUGCGCGCUGCAGAGCCUGUGUCCCUCGCGUUGUUUUUUUGGUUUUUUUUGACCAAUUGUCAUCCAAGGUGCACGCAAGCGCAAACCCCACGUUGGAAAAUGGCAGGCAAGUUGGAGCCUUUGAAAAUGGAGGCCCCCGAAGUCGUCAAGGAGGCUGAGGAAGCUGAAGAUAGGCCUGGACCUUUCCUCCAUCCUGUAAUUCUGGUUUUCAUGUCCCCAGGGCAGACCAAGUCUUUGAAGAUGACUGAAGACCUGCUGGCAAUGGUGAAAAAGCUGCAGAAAGAGGGAAGCCUGGCGCCACAGAAUGAAGACCUGAUUAACCGGAUUAAUGAGCUUCAGCAAGCAAAGAAGAAAUCCAGUGAGGAACUGGGAGAAGCCCAAGCUCUCUGGGAGACCCUGCAUAAGGAAUUGGACUCCUUGAAUGGAGAGAAAGCGCACCUAGAGGAGGUCUUGAGCAAAAAGCAAGAGGCACUGAGGAUCCUCCAGCUGCACUGCCAAAGGAAGGACAGCAGAGCUCAGAAGUCGCACGUCGAAGAACAGCUGGAGAAUUUGAUGGGCCAGCACAAGGACCUCUGGGAAUUCCACAUGUUGAAGCAGCGGCUGGCCCGGGAGAUAUGUGCCCUGCAGAGCAGCAAGGAGCAGUUGCUCACUGAAGAGAAACUGGCGCUGGCCAAGCUAGAGGAGGUGGAGCUGCAACUGAGCUCGGGGCGCGCCCGGGCGGUGAACGAUGGGCUGAAGGCGGAGCUGGAGAAAUUCGGGGGGCAGGGUCCUGCCCAAAUCCAUUGCACCCCAAAGGACGGGGCCUGCAAAGGAGAGGUAGGGAGCCCGGCGAUGCGGCGAGAGGGCAGAGACGGCGGGCGGGGGUGCCCUCGGAGUCUCUUGGAGAAAGCAUCAGUGGGGAGCAGGGCGCCCCGGCGGGGGACGUGACGGAUAGAGUAAAGGCAGCCGCCGGCCUGCGUGCGGGGACGCCAGCGCCCUCGGGACCCGGGGCCGGCAGCCUGACUCGCCGCUCCCGCAGGCUGGCCCCGAGCGCCCCGGCGCCCGCCGCGAGGACCUGGAGCCGCCCCCAGAGCACUAGGACCCGCCCGAAGCUCCCCACUCCCACCCCCUUCGAGGCCGGCCGAGAAAUAAAGGCGAGGAUUUCGGACUUU